AUGCUCAACUUCCUCAACUUGAAAAAGAAAAAGAAAACCCAAGCUCAAAGAAAAGCACAACUCAAUCAACAAAUAAACCAUAAUAAAGGCAAAUACCUACCAACAAGACAAGAACUUAAUCAACCUAUAUUAAAUCCAAAUUACGAAAAAGCUUUUAAACUAUUUGGAGAUUCUAUACAAACCAAUAACAGACAACACUUUGAACAACGAAGCUUAACCCACUUACAAAACAGAUCAACACCCAACUUGAAAUAUUCAAAUAAUGCUCUAACGUAUAAACCAAUAAAACCUGCACCUGACAAUAACUUAUACAAUAUAUUCCUUCAGAAAUAUAAAUUAAACCAAAAACGAAUGAAAUAUAUUGGAGUUACAACUGAUGGAACAGCGGAACAAAUAAUAAACGCUGUAAUAAAAACUGGAAGUAAUAUUAUACAGACAUUUAUGACCUAUAUACCUAUCGAACAAUCAUACUCUGACAAGAUGAUGAAAAAUUGGAUAACAUUAAAAGAAGGCAAACCUAAUUUAACAAAUGAUUACAAACUAAUCAAGGAUAUAAUAAUGACAAUAAUACAAGAAAUAAAGCACGCAAAACAAAUAGGAAGCAAAGUAUAUGUAUUACAUGUAGACACAAGUAAUAAUACAGGUAAUGAAUCACGUGAUAAACAACAAAUCAAACUAAACCUUGAGAAAAUACUUAGACAAACACAAGACACACAAGUAAUGGUAUUACUUGAAAAUUCAGCAUCAAAUAAAUGCUAUGGAGCUCAGAUAGAAGAGCUAAUGAAAAUAAAGAAAAGUAUAAAGAAAGAAUUACAAGAAUUCAAAGAUGAAAAAGGAAAUGUACAACCAAGG